CACAUGAAUGCAUCACGAGAGCGGGCGCACAUCACCACAGGAGGUGACUUCAACAGCUCCGCAAAAGUUACACAUAGACGGACAAUGCAAAGACAACCCCAGAGAGUGAAGAGCGUGAGGUUUAUAACCAGUUUAAUUUAAGUGGCAUAGUUUUCUGAUAAGGACUAUCGUUUAGCACGGACCUAUAACGCUUUUAUAACUGUACCCUCAGCAUGUUGGUGAGACAGAGGGAGUUUCGUGCUUUUAACUAACUCGGGGAUCAAAAGCACUAAACCAAACCAACGUUAGCUGAACAGCAGUCGUCAGGAAACGUGAGUCAGGUGUGUUUUUAUGCCAUUUUUGGUCACACAGCUGAAGUUAACUCUCUUAACGCCGACGUAAGCGUUACUGUCUGGUUAGCUUUCACCCAAACUAAAAAAGCCUUAUUAAACUCAAGCCGAUCCCAAAGCCUUUAAACGUGCUUCACGUCAGUACAGAGUCCUCUAUCAUUGUCUUUGGAUCACAAGGAUUUCUGCUGGAACAAAAAUAAACACUGGACAUCAACUUACAUAUAUUUGGGAGCUGAAUGGCCUCCGUUGUUGCAGUGAAAACUGAGAAGCGACCUGCAGCUGAUUCUCAGGAUGCAGACUCAAAUGCAAAAAAACCCAGGAAACUUCUGCCCAGCUUAAAGACAAAGCGAGCCCCUGAGCUCGUCCUGGUGAUUGGCACAGGGGUAAGCUCUGCGGUGGCCCCUCAGGUCCCUGCACUCCGAUCCUGGAAGGGCCUAAUUCAAGCCUUGCUUGAUGCAGCCAAUGACUUUGACCUACUAGAGGAGGAGGAGAGCCGGCGUUUCCAGAAGCACAUGCAAGAAGAUAAGAAUUUGGUGCAUGUGGCUCAUGACCUCAUCCAGAAACUUUCCCCGAGAACAGGGAACGUGAGAUCAACUUUCUUCAAAGACUGUCUGUACGAGGUGUUUGAUGACUUGGAGUGCAAGAUGGAGCACGCGGGGAAACAUCUACUGCGCUCUGUGCUGCAGCUAAUGGAAAGCGGCGCACUAGUUCUCACUACUAACUUUGACAACCUGUUGGAGAUUUACGCCGCUCACCAGGACACCAAGCUGGAGUCUCUGGACCUGACGGAUGAGAAGAAGGUAUUGGAGUGGGCCCAGGAGAAGCGGCGGUUAAGUGUUUUGCAUAUCCAUGGUGUUUACACCAACCCCAGUGGUAUCGUGCUGCACCCUGCUGGCUACCAGAAUGUACUGAGGAACACUGAGGUUAUGCGGGAGAUCCAGAAGCUCUACGAGACCAAAUCCUUCGUGUUCCUCGGCUGCGGCCGCACAGUAGACGACACAACCUUCCAAGCUCUGUUCUUGGAGGCGGUCAAACACAAGUCCGACCUGGAACACUUCAUGCUCGUGCGGCGCGAGGACGUGGGGGAGUUCAAGAAGCUGAGGGACAACAUGCUGGACAAGGGCAUCAAGGUCAUCUCCUAUGGAGACGAGUAUGCCGACCUGCCGGAGUACUUUGAGAGGCUGGCCAACGAGAUCUGCAACCGUGAUGUGUCGAGCAACGGCUGGGGGUCUCCCUCACAAAACGGAGAGGAACAGCAGAACGGCUUUAACUCACUGAAAAGCCUCCUUCAAGUAUCAAAGACCUGCUGGUAUUCCUUUCCACAGAGGUACAGCUGACUUUGCAGGAUUGCAAGCAGGGAAGUCAGCUGCAACUUUUUCAUUGAUGCUCUUUGUUGUUCACAACUGUCACCUAAGUCCAUCCCUCUUUUUUUUUUUGCCCCACACUAUCGAUCUUGACAGACAUGCAGUCUCAAUCACUAUCAUUCCUUUUUUUUUUUCUAUUGACAGAAUUGUCUAAUUUGAGAGUGAUUUCAAUCAAUGGAUUUAGGAUUCCAGGAACAGUCUGAGCCAUGGGAGACCUUUCAGUUGUCGUCAGUUGUUUACAGCUGUUUAUUAUUAUUUCCUGUAUUGGUUGUUGUUUAAAGGGAACGGAGAACUUAAAGAAACACUCAAUGCCAAUACCCGAACUCUUAGUACCGAUGUAUUGUAUUUAAAUGUUGCUCGACAUUAGGGAAGCAACAGAAGGAAAAGGUUCUUGAUAUGCAGAUGAUGCAAGGAUAUUCUUUCACUUCACUGACAAACAUGAGAAACUCAAUCAGCUGUUUGGAUUUGGAUGUAGAAGAAUGCAGUUAAGCAAAGUGUCAGCUUACCUGAUCUGCCCUGUCUGAGAGGUUCUAGGUACACGCUGUAACAUACAUCACGUUCUUGAUCGAAAUCAGUCAUGUAUUGAAAUGCAAGGAUCGUCUGUCAUGCCCUACUCCAGAACCAGAAAAUAACUUGUUUGCACACUUCUGAGUGAGGAAUGGGGGCAGCUGGAUAUAAUCCUAUGUCAUGGUUACACUACUUACAAGUCAUUCUGACAUUGUCCUGUAAAAGUUGAGAUGUAGAUGGCAGAGAGGCUCCCAGCCAGUAGCAAUCACUUUUCCACUCCUGUGCUGAAAAUGUCCUUUUGAAGCCUUUUUUGUAUUUUUAUUACUUGCAUGUGUUUUCUGAUGUAGUAUUUAUAUGUACUAUUUUCAAAAUAAAGCUUUUGGUAUCCCA